AUUUAAAGCCCUAACACGUCUCUCUCUCUCUCUGUCUCACUCUCUCUCUCCAACAAUGGCGACCGCUUUCUUAUCAAAUUUCAAUUACUCCGACAGCCUAACCGUGGUCGGAAUCUCCGUCUGCACCGCCAUAGUCUGCGAAGCCAUCUCAUGGGUUCUAAUCUACCGAACAACCUCGUACAAGUCCCUCAAAUCCUCCAUCGACAAAGCUUCAAAGAAGCUCGAGACCAUGAAGACCGAUUCGAACCCUUCCAAGCUCAGCCUCAAGAAGUCCAAGACCAAGAAGAUCGAUCGCGUCGAGUCCAGCCUCAAGGAGUCCAGCCGCGAUCUCUCCCUCUUCAAGUUCAAAUCCGGCGCCGUCGUCGCUCUCGUCCUUUUCGUCGUCUUCGGCCUCUUGAACUCUCUCUUCGAAGGCAAGGCCGUCGCGAAACUUCCCUUUGUUCCGGCGCGAAUUGUCCAGAAGAUGAGCCACAGAGGUUUGCAAGGGGACGAUCCCACCGAUUGUUCUAUGGCGUUUUUGUACUUUCUGUGUUCGAUUAGUAUUCGGACCAAUUUGCAGAAGUUUUUAGGGUUUUCGCCGCCGAGAGGUGCCGCCGGAGCAGGGCUUUUCCCAAUUCCAGAUCCCAAGAGCAAUUGAUCUAAUCCAAACCCUAAUUGAUCAAUCUUCGGUACCCUACUUCCUUCUUACGUCAUAUUUUUCAUCAUGAGGAACUCAGUUAUCCUGAAAUUAUUUUUAGUUUUGGUUGUGUAAUUGUGGGAUUUUCUGAUGAGUACUUGGAUUGAUUUUAAUUCAAAUAGAAUUUAUCUGAUACUUGAUCUUUAAAAUA